AUGGAGGCUAUCAUGCUUUUAUUGCAAAAAAGAAGGACAUGUCAGGAACAGUUGUCCAGAUCUCGUAAGCCUACUAGUUUUGCAAUGGGUGUGCGAAUAGGGAAAUAUUAUUUAAGUGCAUUGAUAGAUACUGGUUGUAAUGUCAAUUUAUUAAACAACAAGUAUUGUGAUGGGUUAAGAAGUAUAGUAAAAGAUAUCAGAGUCAGGUAUCCAAUUGGUGAUGUUUAUAGGGAAGACUUUGCUAAGAAAAGUGUGGAGGCUACUGUUCAAUUUAAAAUAUUGUAUGGAAAGAUGUCAACCGAAAUGAAGUUUUAUGCAAUCAACAUGGAGCAUGAUAUGGUGAAUAGUAGAAUGUUAAUGUCGAUGAAGACUUUAGGAAUAACCGUAAUGAAAGGUGCGGUUGUUAACAACAAAACAAGUGAUCAAGUUGAAAAAACAGAUAAAGUAGUUAGUGAAGUAGCAUCUAGCAAGGUGGUCCCAAAGGUAGUGGAUGAAUUAAAUAAAGAUAAGCUGGAUGCGAAAAUUAAAGAAUAUACAGAUUGGGUUAAUAAUAGUUUCAAGGAUUUUUACAAUUUAGGAAUCUUUACCAAUGCUUAA